CUUGAUAACGUCACACGCUGUCGACACCGGGGAGCACCAUUACAACGGAUUGUGUGAAACACCGUAGGUUCGCUUCUAUAUAAAGUUUCUUACGCGUUUGUGGACAUGGUUGGAAAGAUAAAACACGUCCGUCAGAAGCUCCACCAGGAGGCGGUGAGGCUCGACAGGCCGGGCAGCCUCACACAGACCCCCGGCUCCGCGUUCCCUCCGAGUUUAGAGAAGCCUCCUGCAUCGGAAGUACACAAAACAAGCGCUCCAUGUCUGGGGAACACGAAGAGCAACCCCUCGACCAAUAAUGAACAGCCUCUGAGAGCCAUCUCCUUCCCCUCUGGGAUCUUUGCUGGCACCAGGAUCAGCCCGGAGGCCCUGGUACAGACGCUGAGGUUUGAGGAACCUCCAGACGAACCGGUACCGGCCCACAAAGGCCCAGAAGAGAAGAAAGUCAAGUCAAAGAAAGAGAAGAUGAAGGAGAGGAGGGAGAGGUGGCUUAACAAGAUCAGCUCCAUCAAACAGGCCAAGGAGCAGCAGGCGGCCGAGGCGAGGAGACAGGCUACCCCCGUGGUGGGGGACAUGAGGCCGCUGGCCGACGCCCUGCCGGAGCUCUCUCAGCUGGUCGCCCCCGCCGCCACGGCCCCCGCCGCUCGCCGCAAGAGCCGGAAAAACAGAGUGCCCGUGAAGAGGCCCGAACCAACAGACUUCAGUCAGAUGAAACAGUCACAGAAACGCAAACUCAUGGAAACGGAGACGAGCCGGUUUAGCGACGCAGUUAAGACGCUCUCGGCCAAAAUGAACCCUCUGUCUGACAUCGGUGAGCAGCUGAGGAAGAGGAUGAGGCAGGAAGAAGAGCAGGGUCCCAGCUAACAGCAGCGGGGGAAGUGCUUCCACACACGUUAAUCAACAAAUCCCAGUCAACACUUCUGUCAGGGGGAACCCGACCCCGGCACCUCCUUGGGUUUAGAAGGAGGAAGAACCCGAUCGCUCUCAACCCCGGACUGAAGGAUGCUGCUGACUGCUCCCCCACCAAGAAGGAGAGGAGCAGAAAGGGUGGUGUUUGUAAGUGUUGACUGUAACCGAUAUCCUCCCAGCUUUAUUAGCCACUUCUCCUCUUCUGUAAUAAAUCUCAGUACACUCAA